AUGCUUGAGCCAUGCGCGGAAGAUGAGGGGAGCUUUCUUACUUUGCAAGGUGCGAAGCAAGGUGGCCAGAAUGAAAGUUGCGCAGGAGCCGGUCAUGUCCAUCAGCAGCAGGCAUCGCGAAUCGGAGGAGUCAGCCGACGAAUGUGCGGGAUUUGGUUGCUCUUGGCAGUUGUCGUUCUGCUCCAGGUUUGGGAACGUGCAGCCGGAGCCUCGGAGUCUUUGGUGAAGAGCGCUCCGGACAUUGGUCAUGCGGAGCAAGACGUGACGCAGGUUACGACACCGGCAACGCAGGAAGAUGGGAUCGAUCCUGAGCCGACAGUGCGAUAUGUGCCUCCGCUGGUGCAACACAGCCCGCAAACGGCCAAGCCGCACUACGACCUGUUGGUCAUAAUACCUGCAAGUGGCGGCCGAGACCGGACACGCAUCCAAACGGUCCGGCAGACGUGGGUCCGGGAAAUCGACAAGAGGACUAACUUGUGCAACAGGUGCAAGAGCAAUCGCACGAUCAGGUACUUCUUUAUCUUGGGCGACGAGGCAAGUGCCGAGGAGAAAGUUAACCGGCAUGUGCACAACGAGGGGAUGCCAGAGGCAAACUUGAUGGAGAGCAUUCAGAAUCAGACAAGCAAUCAAAGUCGGAAUCAGACCAUGGCCGCUUCAGAUAUCAUCGCCUUGUCACGGUGCAGCAGUGCAUACAUUCGUCUUGCGGAGAAAGUCCGGAAGGCAAUUCGUUUUGUCACCACGCACUACAGCUUCCUCCUGCUCUUGAAGACAGACACAGACUCAUGGAUAUUCCUCGAUACACUGCUGGCUUUCGCCGAAGCAAAUGACUUGUUCAACAGGCGCUCCGUCCAUGCCGGUGAUGUGCGCAGAGGUGCCAGGCCGGUACAGCCAAAGUCGGGUGGGAAAAAUCCGGAUGAGGUGUUCACCCGCAUGACAGGUCAGCCGACAUACCCAACCUUCGCUGCGGGGUGUGGUUACCUCCUGACGCGGAACCUGUGCAACUACAUUGCUCUUCUGGCCGCGGAGGAUUCAGACUUGCCUGGUCUUGCAGAGCUGCCGCAAGAGGAUGUGGCAGUGGGGUUCUGGCUGCAGGCUCUUGAACACGAGAUUGUGAGGGCACCCAUGUCACCGAUGGCCGAUGGCUGCCUAAAAGGCUCGGGCAAUCGCACAAAGUUGGUGCUUGACCAUUAUGUCCCGAUUUCUGAGAUGCAUCGCAGAGCACGCAACUUGCGGGAACAUGGAAAUCCUUGCGGCAAAGGCGAGUAG